AUGUCCUCUCGCGGCCGGAAGCGCAACGACAACCUUCCGCCAUCGCGCGCUCGCGAAGUCCAACGUGCUUUCAGAGCCCAAUGCCCGCCUCAGACAAAUGCUUGCUCUCCCCCCGAGCGACAGACAACCACUAGGGAGGGCCUACCGGACGAGAGCCACCCCGUCGGGGCCAGCCUGAUGCGGCCACGGCUUCAGAUCCCAAUAUGCCUGCGGGCUCUCCUCCCCCGCCAUUAUCGCCCGGCGCUCAACAUGGCCGCUCUCCCUCCGCAGGUGCGUGGCCGCCCCCGAUGCAACCUUCCGAAUGGCCGCCCAACCCUCAACAUCACCCGCCCCCGCCUCCCGGACCUGGCGGUGUCCGACCACCUUCCCCUUACGGACACCUCGGCACAUAUCCCCCGCCCGGUCAACGCGCAGAACCAAGGUACUGAAGUACUCCGCUCGAUUAUAGAGCGGGAUCAGGGCCCUAUUCCAACUUUUGCGUUCAACGUCCCAAAGCAACAAUCAUCCAUCCUCCCCAACCCGGCGGAUAGGGCCCCCUACUGA